AUGGAGUCCAGAAAUGAUUGCUUAUAUCCUUCUACCUCUGUUGCUUCCUCUAACAAUUGCAAUAUAAUAAAUUCUGCUGAGCAGGUCAUUUCUAGUUUAUCGAAAAAUCCCCAACUUCUCAUUCAGGAUUCUACACCUUCUAUCAUUAAUUCCGCCGUCUCAGACCCUCUUCCAUCAGAAAACCCUCCAAAUGCCUUAGCUCCUUUAUCCGACUCCUCUUCCCGUCAAUGCAGAAUUUGUCUUUUAACAACAGAAACAAAAAGAAAACCCCUAAUUUCACCUUGCCAUUGUUCUGGCACUGUUAGGCAUGUUCACAUUCAUUGUUUAACACAUUGGAUUGAAGUAUCUUCAAGAAAGGCAGCGUGUAUUAAUUCAACACGUUAUACUAAACCUUUACCGCCACAUUGUGAAUUAUGUGGUUUUAGAUAUCGAAGGAGGCCUUUUGUGGAUUUGACGAGAAUUCAUCUUCCGUUUAUGGAUAUGCGUGACCGUGUACUUAACGGACUUUGUUUGCUACUUAUUUUAAUAAUGGGAAUUUGUGCCUGGGUAGCUGGACAGCAUGUUCAAAGUGCUAAUAGUAGGAGGAUGGUAACAGUAGUGAGUAAUCGUAACCGAAUGGCCACCAUUUCACAACCGGACAUUACAAUUCUUUGUUCUGUUUUACUUUUAUUCACCGCCUUCUUUCUCGCAAUUUUCACUCAAUACAGGGCAGAAGUUACCCUUUUUAGAGCACUUUCCAGCCUUUGGGCAACUAACAGGAAUUGGCGUAUUCGUGAUUUGCCUCAUCCAAUUAUUGAGGAUGAAGAGAAACAAACUUUUAUUAAAAGAAAAGAUGAAAGAUUUAUGGAAAAUGCACAAACACAAACAUUUUUAACUUCAACAAUGUUAUUAAUGUCUGGAAAAAUAUAA